ACAUGUGUCCACACAUAUAGUCGUCGCACGCAUUAAGGUUGUAUUAUCUUUUUUUCAUUGCGGCUAGCUUUCGACAGGCACAGACUUGUGCGGUUGAUGGGCGGUGAUGUUCACGUUUCCGCGCCCGGGAAAGUCCUCAUUUGCGGUGGAUAUGCGGUUUUGAAGGGAGGAGUCUCGAUCGCUUUGUCGACAAGUUUGCGGUUUCAUGUUAUUUUGAAAAGCACUCAACCUGCUAUGUGUAGCCAUGUCCUAGAGAGCAGAAAGCGGAUUCACGACAGGACUUUUGGAUCUUCCAGAAGAUUCAGCAUUACUGUUCGGUCGUCUUAUUUUGAAAAAAUGUGGCAAUUUUACGUUGAGCUGGGAUUUGUUCCAUCAGAUCAUCAGUCGAAGACUCUGACCAGAAUCGUGUUUCGACUCGUCAAGGACGUGCCUGGGGUCGAAGGAGCAUCGGAUGCGUAUAUAGAGUUUUCUCUGUUCUACUCUUUUGUCUUGGUAGCCCUCAGCAUCGACGGGAUCGACUUGGCUCACGAAGCCUACCAGCUGGAUAUCGAGUUGCGAGCGGACGAUGGAUUUUACUCGAAAAGGGGCGAGUUCGGCGGGGGAAGGGAAAGGUCGGCAAAGACGGGGUUAGGUAGUUCAGCAGCAUUGGUAUGCGGUUUGGUGGGAGCUGUGCUAAGUUGGGCGUUCGGUUGGACCAAGGAAGGGGGACAAGAAGAGGAUGAGCAUUUGAGGCUGAUACAUAACGUAUCUCAGCUGGCCCACUUUCAAGCGCAAGGAAAGGUGGGGUCCGGAUUUGACGUGUCCACGGCUGUAUAUGGGUCACAGGAAUAUUAUAUGUUGAAGAGAGAGCAGGUAGAAGAAGUGAUGAAUGCAUUUGCAAGAUCAUUAAGAGAAUGGAAACGAAUAGAAACGACAGAUGAGGGUACUGAUAUAGAAGAACCACGGUAUUUACCAUCUUCUAUUAAAGCUUUUUGUGAAGGAGUUGAGGCUUCUGAGCUACUGGAAGCGAUACGAGACAAAAUAGGCGAAGAGUGGAGAAACGGGUUGAGUUCGCGGUUUUGGCUACCGUCUGGCAUAUCAGUUGGCUUAUAUGAUACGGGCGAAUCUACGUCGACUCCAGAAUAUGUUCGAAGGGUAUUCGAAUGGUCAGAAAAGGACGGGGCGAAUUCGCGCAUGUUUGAAUAUCUGAAGAAGAAUAACAAUAAGAUUGUGUCUAGUUUUCAGAGGCUGAAAGAGCUAGAAAAAGCUGAUGAGGAAAAAUACCUGAACGCGUUAAGGGUGUACGCUCGAGGAAAUGAAGAAAAAAUAGAUAUACAUUGCAAUUUCGAUGUGUUGAAUAAGAAAAAUCAAGAACGGACAAAAAUAAAUUUGUCAGCGCUGAAUUUUUCGGCCUCAGACCAACUAGGUAAUCAAGCAAGAACGUGUCUUCUUGAUAAUUGUGCAACUGAAUCUCUCAAAGGCGCCGCCUCCAUUAUACAAAAUAAACAAGACCGACCAGGAGAUCUAAUUGAACCAGAAAAUCAUCGAGCAAUUGAUCAUAGUUAUCGUCAAAAGUCUAUGAAUUGUACCAAAAAUAGUCACGACUCGAGUCGAUGUAAUUCGCAAAAUGAAAAUUUGUGUCCGAAAUCGAAAUCUUUGUGCUUUGCUAUUCUCAACGAGCUAUCAAAUCUGAGAGAGUACUUUGCCACUUCCAGACAACUUUUCCGUACUCUUGGUCGUCUUUCUCAAACUCCACUCGAGCCUCCCGAUAUUACCGAAAUACUCGACAAUCUGGAGACAAAACCAGGUGUCAUUGCUUCCGGAAUAGCUGGAGCAGGCGGACGCGACGCCCCCUUCAUACUCGUCAUCGACGAAGUGGUUAACGAAUUCAAAAAUGUUUUUUGGCCCUUUUCAAAAGAAGGUUGUACAACUGGCUUGCUGAUCCAUUCCCCUUAGUCCAUGCAACUACGCUCAUAUCAUACGCACUUCUGCUUCACUGAAUUCCCUAUCACCAGAUACCCCUCCCAAGAGCGCUCAAAUAAAGAAGACAUCUGUCAAUUGUCCAGUGUACAACAUCCCGUCCUAGUAUUUUUUAUGAACCUCCGCCUAAAUAAAAAGGAAUCAUGAAUCAGAUUACGCCUUUAGGAACUACCUAGCCCAACUA